AUGAGCUACAGCAACCCGUUUAGACGGCGGCACAACAGUUCUGCCGGUGAUGCUAAUACUCACGAGUAUUUGAAUAACGAAUACUCUGCAAAUGGCUUCCAAGAUGUCCCAUUAUCAACUUUUUCCUCAACCGUUAUGCACCAAAACACAAACCCUUUUAUAGACCAAGCAAACCAAACAGGCCAAAAUGACCAAAAUGACCAAAAUGACCAGCAAAGAUUGGACUUUAACGCUAAUACUGCAUAUGACCCACCUCAAUACAUGACUCGGUCGCCUCCCAGAGCCCAGCAUCAUGUUCCAUAUCCUUCGGUUGACCGAAUCCCUGAACUUACACUCCCCACAAAUAUCGCAGCAACAGCAACAGCAACAGGUGUUUUGGACAACAAUAGAAACAAUAGAAACAGUAGCCACACCCGCCACUCUUAUCUUCUUCACAGUGAUACCGAAGGUGCUGCUGCUAUUGAGGCCAUGUCGGAGCCUUCGGCCAUUUUCCGUGAUGACCAGAAUAUUGAUCUUGUCACAGGGCUCCGCAACCUCUUAGGCUCUGGAGGCUUUCAAGACUCAUGGUUAUCGCAAAACCCACACUCUCAGCUGCCUUAUCCUGAUGAUCCAAAUGAAACCACAGAUUAUUUAUCUCGAGACGAAGAAGAAUCCAUCGGGAUGAUUGAACAUACUCCUAUUUCCACAGUUACACCGGCUGCAGCUCUUCCAACCACAAUAAUACCCCCAAUGCCGGCUCUUUCACAUACAGCGCUUCCAAGCUCCACUAAUCGCGUGCGAUUUUCUCUUCAAGAGCAGCAAGAACAGCCACAACAGCCACGGUCAACAUCACCUGUCCGCAUAUCAAGACUUAGUACAUCAUCAGUAACAACUCCACGCAAAAGCUCUUCUUCUGGGAGAAGCCAAGUAACAAGCAGAUUGAGCUCAGGAGCCCUAAUAUCUUCACGACCAGGCUCGCCUGCUGUAGACGAAAACAUUCAAGGAAGUGCAUUUUCGCGUGCAGUCAACAAGUUCUCCAACCGUAUUGUUACUGGUGACGCUUCAGGCCUCUCUUUACCUCCUGAACGACCGUCGUCUCCAGCUCAUAGUUACAAUAGUGUUGAAGAUACUGAUGCAGACCUUACGGACGACGAUUCAGCCGCCCUUACGCCAUUAUCUCCAAACACACUGGUACGGUAUGAACACCCUGAUGGUAUUGCUGUUUCCACUUCUACAGACUCUAUUGCCGGGCUUAUAGCUCCCUCGAUUAGCCCCUCAACUUCACAAUCUCUGACUUCUCCAGGUUAUGGUGUUGUCCAAGAUAGCCAAGGCCAAAUGUCUGCUGGCAUUGUCACAGACUUAAAUGUUUCUCCAAUUAAUUCAGUUGGAUCAGGAACCUCAACGAUACCGAUUCCAGCACUAGCUACUGCUGGCGGUGGUGGAGGCGGUGGUGGAGACACAAUACCUCCCCGGCCAUCCAAAGUCGAGCUUUUUGGCUACUCACUUGGAAUCUUUUCCAAGGACAAUCGGUUAAGACUUUUCCUUUAUCACAAAGUAGUAUCUCGGCGUUGGUUCAAAACCCUUUUCCUUCUCGUUCUAAUCGCUCACCUGGGUGUUCUUACAGCUCUCACAGCACCAGAUGAUGGAGGGCCGAACUCCCCUAACGAUAGGUUAUUCAUGACAGUUUUCCAUCACCAAGUAUAUGACUGGGUUAUUCUAGGCAUUUUUAUUUUUUACACGCUCACAGCUAUUAUAAGUGCCAUUGCUGUUGGUCUUAUUUUUGACUCCAAAAACUCGGCACUCACAUUUACCUUUAAUUCUAAAAAGCACACACUCAUGUCUGCUCCUAAAAUUUUUAAGGAUGAAAAACACAGACUUGCUUCUAAUUCUUUUUCAAGUAGUGAAUCGUUUAACGAUCCAGCAAAUAGACUUCACCGCACACCAAAUAUCAAUUUUGACAAACCAAUCACGAUACCAGCCCCAGAACGGGCGUAUCUUCGCACUACAUGGUCUCGUAUUGAUUUUAUUGCAAUCAUUUCUUACUGGAUAUCGUUUGGACUUCAAGCAAACAAUACAGCACAGCGUCUUGAACUCUACGUCUUUAGAUGUUUAACUGGUCUUCCCAUUCUGCGCUUAUUAAACAUCACGCGCAGAACAGCCCUUAUCUUACGCAGUUUAAAAGUUGGUGCAUCGAGAAUCUGGACCAUUUUUUUAUUUAUUGCAUUUUUCUGGACGUUGUUUUCAAUCAUUGGUACACAGAGUUUCCACGAGUCUCUUAGUAGAACUUGUCUUUGGAUAAAUCCCACAAAUUCUUCUGAUACCUAUAACAAUGAACUUGUUUUUUGUGGAAGUUACAUUGACCCGACCACUUUAGAGCGUUUGCCAUUUGAAAAAUCAGACGGUACUUUAUUUACAACUGCUAAGGGGUUCACAUGUCCCGUUAAUAGCAUUUGUAAACAGCAAAGCAACCCUUACGGGAACACCAUUAGUUUUGACAAUAUUUUUAACUCUUUAGAGCUGGUUUUUGUUAUCAUGUCACUUAACACUUUUUCCGAUCUUAUGUACUACAUUGUAGAUGCAGAGCAUCUUUUUUCGUCCAUUUAUUUUGUGAUUGGUGUUAUUCUUCUUGCCUAUGGCCUUGCCAGUUUGUUUAUUUCCGUCAUUGCAGCUUCAUUUAAAGCUGUUAGAACUGAUUUCAAUGAUAAUGUUGAUGCUGAUACCCUAAUUGCUAGACUCAUCAGACACAGAAACAGACAUAUCAAUUAUAUUUGCCGUUCUAGGAUUGGCAAAAUCUACCAUUACCUUCGUGAAAUACCUCUUGUGGUGAUUACAGCUGAUCUUGUGGUGCAAUCAACUGUUGCAUAUACUUCAAAUCCUGGUCAUAUUGAGAAUGUUUAUCACUGGGAAAUAUUUGUUGCAACCUUUUUGGCUUUUGAAAUUUUAGUUCGUUUUCUUACAUACAUUCCAAAGAUUGGAUUUUUCUUUACCAGCUCACACAAUCUUAUUGAUUUAUUGCUAGCGAUUUCUAACAUUAUCAUCAUCCUGCCAUUUGUUUAUAACAAGAAAAAUCUUUAUUACUGGCUGACAUGUUUCCAGAUUGUACGUUUUUAUCGAUGUGUUCUUGCUAUUAAAUUCAUUCGCGAACUUUGGACUCGUGUUUUGACACAGGCUCGAAUCAUUCUUGAUAUUACAAUUUUUUACUACUUGUUUGUUUAUCUUGCAAGUGUUCUUGGUUGUUUGCUUCUUCAAGGUGUCAUUCCUACGGAAGAAGAGGGCGGUGGCAACGUUUGGACAUUCCGGACGCUUGCAAACUCUUUUUUGGCCAUGUACAUUAUUUCUUCUACAGAAAACUGGACGACUAUUUUGUACAAUUCAGUUCAGUUUACAAGUUCAGUUUUUUCACGAAUUUUUGUUGCAGCAUUUUUUAUUGCUUGGUUUAUCAUGUCGAACUUUGUCACCAUUAAUAUGUUCAUUGCUGUACUGAGUGAAAACUUGGAGCUAUCAGUAGCAACCAAAAAAAUGGAGCAAGUGUUUAUGUUUUUCAAACAAGAAGUGCAGCGCCAGGAGGGCAAUACUGAUCAGACCAAGCAUGGUAUUAGGUUUUUUUUCCGAUUUAUUGUACCACACUCUCAACGCCCUGAAGAUGAUAAGGCGAUGUUUGAGCGUGUUGUUGAAAUGUUUCAAGAAUCUCAUCUGGAUAACUUUUUGGGUAAUGAUGAAACAGAGUCAGAAUUAACACCAAUUCAAUCUGAUGAAUUUGGCAAUCUUACCCAGUCGCCAAAUCAAGCCACUGUACUUACCGAAUCAGAUGUGUCGCUUUUCUGGACUAUAGUUGGCCCAUUUCAGCGGGUUUACAAAAAACUAUUUAAAAAUAAUAUCGAAAUGCAGGAAUUUAAUUCUCCCGAGGAAUAUGUUUCAUAUAUUAGGGAGAUGAGACAGGAUCAGAUGGACCAGAUUAAAAAGGAUCCUAACUACAACAAGUCGUUAUGGAUUUUUUCUGUUGAUAACAAGCUGCGCCGGUUUUGCCAAUAUCUUGUUCCACCUGGAUAUGGAACCCGUUUUGAAGGUCAGACUGAGCCCACGAUCAUGUGGAAUAUUUUCUGGGGGGUAAUGAUUGCGGCUACUUUUGGGCUCAUUGUUGUUGCUGUUAUUGUUACUCCGAUUUAUUACUAUGAAAAUUUAGGUAAUAGGGGUAUGAAUUGGUAUGUCAUAACUGAGACAGUCUUUUUGUCUAUUUUCACAUUUGAGGUUGUUGUCAAGGUUAUUGCUGAUGGACUUUUAUUUACGCCCAAUGCGUACCUGCGCCAAGUAUGGGGUGUGAUUGAUUUUUUCGUUUGGUGCACGCUUAUUGCCAAUCUUGCACAAGAGCUUCUUUCCCAUGCAUUUAACUCGCGCAUCAUUCGGGCUUUCAAGGCUUUAAGAGCUUUGCGUCUUUUGACUAUAAAUUCUCGAGCCCAAGAGCUUUUCCACAGUAUUAUUAUUGUGGGAAUUUGGAAGCUUUUUUCAGCAUCCAUAGUUGCACUUUCUCUUUUAUUCCCAUUUUCAGUUUGGGGGCUUAACCUUUUUCGUGGGAAGAUGUUUUCAUGUAAUGACACCAAUUUUUCUGGGUCCCUUAAUGGGUGUGUUGGUGAGUUUGCAAAUUCGCCUUUUAACUGGGACGUUUUAAGCCCUCGUGUUAUUUCCAAUCCUUACUAUGACUUUGAUACUUUUGGCCACUCUCUUCUUGCACUUUUCGAAAUCAUUUCACUUGAGGGUUGGGUUGAUAUUUUGGUUUCUGCAAUGUCUAUUCAUGAUAAUUUCACACAGCCUGAGUUCAAUUCUUACAAUGUAUAUGGAAUAUUUGUUGUUAUUUAUAAUACCAUUUCGACUAUUUUCAUUUUGACAUUAUUCCUUUCUGUCAUUAUUCAAAACUAUGCAAAGUCAUCUGGUAGUGCUUACUUUACAGAUCAACAACUAAUGUGGUACGAACUGGAGAAGUCAAUUAAGACUGUACGGCCUUCAAUCAGACCUCCAGGGUUGUUACCUGGGACAUUUCGGUAUAAGCUAUUUAAACUUUUCGUCCGGCAAUAUUCAUGGAUCCACAUGUGCAUGUUGUUAAAUCUUAUUGGAAUAGCAAGUGUGAUUAUGUCUGAGUACUAUCCUCUUCUUGAAGGUCCGCGUAUUAUUCGGUGGUCCUUUUUGACAUUUUUCCUAUUUACAUAUUUUAUUUUCCUAAUACUUAAGUGCUAUGCAUUUGGACCCAAGCAAUAUUUUCGACGCAAGUGGGAUCUUUAUGCGUUUAUUGUUUCUGGCAUUUCAUGUGGGUUAAAGAUUGCAGCCUUUUUCACGACUGAAUAUUACUGGUUUUCGAUUUUGGAGAAGCUUUUUUACGUUGGUGUUUUGCUACUGAUUAUCCCAUAUAGUCGACGCUUGGAUCAACUGCUUAAGACGGCUGCGGCAUCGAUCCCUAAUAUGUUUCAUUUGCUUCUUGUAUGGGCUGUUUUGUAUUUUGUGUUUGGAAUUGCCUUUAACCAAGUGUUUGGGCUGACCAAGUUUGGGUCGAAUGGUUCCACAGCCAUCAAUUUUCGGUCAGUUCCAAACUCGCUUGUUUUGCUGUUCCGGAUGAGUUGUGGUGAAGGCUGGAAUCAGAUUCUUAACGAUUACUUGCUUGAAACGCCAUAUUGCUAUGUGGGGGAUAAAAUUAGUGAUUGCGGGAGCCGGCCGUAUGCAUAUAUUUUGUUUAUUUCGUGGAACAUUAUUUCCAUGUAUAUUUUUGCCAACUUACUUGUGUCAUUGAUUUAUGAACAAUUUGGAUACUUGGCGCGUCCAGAGGAACCCCAAAUCACACGGACUACGAUUCGACAGUUUAAAGAGAAAUGGAUUAUGUUUGAUCCAAAUGCAAGGGGGUACAUUCAAGCACAAGAUUUGCGGUUGUUUCUACGAUCUUUGGAUGGGUACUUUUCGACUCGGAUUCAUAUGGAGCCAUGGACAGUGAAGACGAUUUUGGACAAGUCUGGGUGCAAGAAUGGGAAAAAUGUUGAUAUUCCAACGUUUCGCAAGUUUAUGAGGGAUUACCCAAAGAAGGAAGUUUCUGAACGAAGAAAGCGAUGUGAAGAGUUUUACAACCAUGCUUUGGAACUUGCGGACAGCGAGGGCCGGAUCCGGUUCCAUGGGUUGUUACUUUUGUUUCCAUUUUAUAAUGAUAUUGACUACAAGCAAUGUUUGAAUCUUCGGGAUUUUUUGCAUUAUCAAAAUACCAUUAAUGAGAUUGCAAAGAAACGGAAGGAAGAGCGGGAAAGGGGGUUUAAGAAAAUGGUUGAGGAUAUGUUUUUGGUUCAGAUACUUAAGAUACGGGAGCGGAAAAAGAGAUAUUUGGCACAGACUGGAGUUUCAAUUCCAACCUUGAGAAUAGGUGGUCUGGAGAAUGAGCAAGAUGAGUGGGAACUUUCUGAUAAUAAUAAUAAUAAUAAUAACACGACAUUGAUUGAUACAUUUGAUGAUUGA